UCCAUUACCCACUGCUCCCCUCCCUUACCCUCAGCCUCUCUCUCUCCGUUAUCCUCUGCCGGUUUCCCUCCCCUCCGUUACUCUCUGCCUCCUCCAGCCGUAACUCACCUCUCCUUCUUCCCUAUCCCUCUGCACCCCUCCCGCCAUCAUCCGCACCCUCUGCCCCUCCCCACUGUCCCUCUCCCUCAUCCCCUCCCUCCCUCCUGUCUCCCCCUCCCCCCGCGAUCGGCCUGUUGCCGGAAGCAGGCGCGGUGAGUCAGAGAGAGGAAGCGCCGAGCCCGGGCCGCCCCUCACAGGAUGCUCGGAGCUCGGACCGUCCCUGCCCAGAGACCGAGCCGCCGGCAUGGGAGAGCAGGGUGGCAGUCCGGGCCAGGCUGGUUGGGUCCGCAAGCAAUGCAGCCGUGGGCUCCUCGGGGGUGCCUGGAAGGAGCGCUACAUCCGACUAGACAAAGGCCGUCUCCUCAUCUACGAGCAGCAGGGUGAUGCCCAGUGCGAAGAGACAGUGGACCUUGGGAAAUACCAGUGCUGCCAGGAGCUACGAGGAUUACUAAAGAAGAGAAAACAGUUUAGACUGGUUCUUGUGCGUUGCUCUGGAGCGAAGGUUCCUGAACCAAAGUUUCAAGUUCCAAAUGCUGAAGAGAAGGAUCUGUGGCUCAAUGCCUUAAAUGAAGCAAUCAAAGAAGCCAAUAAUGAACAGUUUGAUAAGGUUACAGUGGAUGAAAAGAAUUCUCUGGAUCACCUGACGCGCGACAGAGUAAAGAUAAACCACACCCGAAGACCGCCCACCAGACAGCACCGGAGAGAGGUUGCCUCGGCUGUGUCUGAUGGAAUGCAGCGAUUGGAACUUGGUGUUCACAGUCUUACCACUGAAGAUACAAGUGAAGAGCAAUCAAAGGCAAAAGUUCGUGACAACACCAGCAAGAAUAUGCCUGUCCUCAUGCCGAAGAUCAAGCCCAGUAAAGUGAAAGUGGAUGAUGGGUCAGAACUUGCGGUUAGUCACAGUGAGGAGCCAGUGGCAAAUGAAGGGGAUGAGCCUGCAGCCGAGGAAGAGCCAACUCCCGAGGAGGGGAAGGAGCCUGCAGCCAAGGAGGGAGAGGAGUCAGCGGCCAAGGAGGGGGAGGAGUCAGCGGCCAAGGAGGGGGAGGAGUCAGCGGCCAAGGAGGGGGAGGAGUCAGCGGCCAAGGAGGGGGAGGAGUCAGCGGCCAAGGAGGGGGAGGAGUCAGCGGCCAAGGAGGGAGAGGAGUCAGCGGCCAAGGAGGGAGAGGAGUCAGCGGCCAAGGAGAUCAAAGGAAAUGCUUUAUCACACACUGUAGAAACUGUUUCGCAUAGGCUAGAAGAUGAGCCUAAUCUCGAAAUAAAUGCAUCCAAGAAUGGUGAAGUGAAGAAGCUGUCUUGUGAAACAAACAGUAUUAGUUCACUUGCUAAAUCAAAUCUAUCCAGAGCCAAAUGUUCUUCCUUGGGAGAUAUCUUAGCAGAUUCCAAGCGAAAAGGAAUGAAGAAAGUAUUUAAAGCUCCUUAUGCAGGCCUAAGGAAAGAGAAUGUGGAACAAAUGGAAGGAGAAAUAGCACUGGAGCUAAAGGUAACAGAGGAACUUCUGCAACAAGUUUGUAGUCCAAGUGAUGACACAGAAGGUAUGCACUGUCCUCAGAGUGAUAUUACACAUGACAGCCAGUCAAGAAGCCGGAAUGCUGCACGGUUACUAAGCGAAGCCGUGGCAAAGUGGUCGGAGGCUGACAAAGUCUUGCAGGAACUUAAAGAUUUAAAGGAAUUGUGCAAAGGAUCUGACACACUCACCUUGGAGGAGAAAGAAAGACGUAAAAACCUGUUGACUAUCCAUAGAAGGAGUGUGCCGUAGGUUAACUGUGUAAUGUACAAGAAUGUCAGCACAAACUUGGUGGGUAGACAAGAUGCGAUGCACCAAUCCUAAACCAGGUUUUGUAUGUGUUAAGUUUGUUUGUAGAAAUUGGGCAGGAAGUGGGAGGUUAUGGGCGAAUGAUUUUUUGGUAGAAGAAUCGUUUGUAUGGUAUGGAGCUGAGAUUCUGUGAUCGUGCACUGAUGAUCCCAGUAUGGUUAUGCUAAUCCUAGCUUGAUGGCUGUGGAGAUUCAAACAUUUUGCACAUGCUCAGUUUUUGCCUUUUAGCUAACAAGAGCUUCCACAGAUUUUUCUGCCCUUACUUUGCUUUGACCUUGUUGUUUCAACUCUCUGGCUUUCCUGCUGCAUUGCUCCUUUCUGAUUUUGAGCAAAUGCAGGGGACAUAGAAUUCCUACUGCAUGCAGCAUGUCUUUUCUUAAAUUGUCCAAUGGUAUGAUGAAGGUUGUUGCAAUGGUUUUCCUUCUGACAGCAUUUUUGUCAGUGUAAUGGGAAGAACGUUGCUUGAACGUGAAUGUAGGAGAUUUGCUUGUGAAGGACACAGGCUACCACAUCUACUCCUGACCAGGGUUGGGCAAUUCAGUUCAAGGUUCUGUAAUCAUUGAAACAUGAAUGUAUGAUUGCUGAUUUGUAUUUUCCAGUCAGUAUUUGAAUUACCGCCAGUAUUACUGUCUUUAGAUUAACUGCAUUGUUCAAACAAUAUUUGUAUUUCUGUGAAUUCCAAUUAUUUUUACUGCCAGUAUUAAUAUUUAUGCAAAAAACCCAACAUGACUGUCUUAGUCUAUACCCAGUGAAAUGUUUUUUAUAUUAUCCUAUCAAUUAACACUGGCUUAUUGCUUUAUUUAUACUUUAACCAUGUUUAUACUUUUCUGUAAUAAGGAAGUCAUGCCAUGAAAUGAUGUGGACGCACUUCAAAAUAAAAUGGCAUUCUGACA